CGGAUUCAUCCAUCCACCCAAAGGGCAUAGCCAUUACCAUCCAUCGCUGUAAAUCGCUUCGUUCGAGACCAACGUUGUUCGAGACCUUCGAGACCAACGUUCGAGACCGUUGUUCGAACCUGAAACUGCUAUAACCUCGUUUCCAGGCAAGGUGGUUUCCAGGCGUGUUUCGCGUCUUGCUGAGUAGUGUCAACAAACUGGAGUAAACGGUGGAGUGCGAAAUUUCGAGUCCAGUAAGCGCCGACACGGCGCCGAUUCGCGGGCAUGGAAGGCAUCGUCCAUACUCCACUCAUGUCGAUCAUGCCGUCAUCGAGCGUGGACGCCGCAUCUACGGCUGCUCCUGCUCGGCAACGGGGUCGGCCACCUAAAACGGAAGCCGAGGAGGCGAAGAGGAAGGCUAGGCGUGCAGAGGCGCAGCGGCGGAGGCGGGCCUUGGAUUGGGAAUAUCGUGCGAGGGAGGCAGCAAUCAAGCGACAGAAGCGUGCUGAACAUCCCGAGUAUCGUGCGAUGGAGGCAGUGGCCAAGCGGCAGUACCGGGCCGAACAUCCCGAGUGUUGUGCAGCGGACAACGAAGCGAAGCGUCAGAAGCGAAAUGAGGACGCCCAACUGCGUGCCCGUGAAGCCGAAAUGAGGCGACUGCAGCGGCAGAGCGAUCCGGAGAUGCGAGCCAGGGAGGCCGAAGCCAAGCGACUGAAACGAAUCGAGGACGCCGAACUGCGUGCCCGUGAAGCCGAAAUGAGGCGACUGCAGCGACAGGGCGAUCCGGAGAUGCGAGCCAGGGAGGCCGAAGCCAAGCGACUGAAACGAAGUGAAGACGCCGAACUGCGUUCCCGUGAAGCCGAAAUGAGGCGACUGCAGCGACAGGGCGAUCCGGAGAUGCGAGCCAGGGAGGCCGAAGCGAAGCGGCUGAGACGGCAAACCGAGGCGGAGCAACGAGCACGCGAGAGGCUCGGCCAGCACGUUAGUGCGACAAACGUGUUUGAGAAACGCUUUAUGCAAAAUCUCUUUGCCUACUUGUGCUCUGUAUGCGGCCGCCUCUGGCACAAGAACGAUCUGAACCCGCUACCUGAUGGUUACUCUGCAGUGGUUCUCAACGCAUUUGUGAACGGACGUGUCUGGGUUAAAGGAGUGUUGUGUCAUGAGAACUAGGUCGUUGUGUGACCCAAGAGCAUGGGAAGCGAAUGAGAAGGCGGUGCGAACGGGGCGAAGU